UAGCAGUGAGUGUGCCCAGUAUAGGUGGCAUGAAUGUUGGGGCCCGGGGGUCCGGCGGGUGCCCGAGUGCAUGCUUGGAUAUCCAUCUAGCCAGUACAUGUACCAUGAACAAGUAGUUGCUAAGCUGUGCCAGUGUCAGUGAGUGCUCUUUAAAAUCGUUCUUGAACUGCCAGAUAGAAUUCCAAAGAGUGCAACCGCAAUCAAGUUGUCGUUCGACCUUUGGAUUGAUCUGGAGUUUUCAAGCCCUCGAUUUGUCACCCCGAAGAGUAUGAAGAUGGCCAGAAACGGUUUGGUCGAUGUUGGUGGAAGUGUCCUGGCUUAUUCCCAACCCACAGAGCUCUGGACAGGUCCUAAAGAUCAUAGCACAAAUAGCCAUUUAACUUCAAACAACCAAGAUGUCAUUAACCUUCAGUACAUGGAUUUGGAAGAGUUCCUUCUGGAAAAUGUGGUCCCUCCCAAUCAGCAUCAUUCCAGUCCAAACACCAUCGAAGGAAAAAUCUUCAUUAGCGAGUCACAAAACAUCAUCACCAGUGAUCAUGGCAUGACCAUGACCAACAGUCACGCCUCCUCCAUGGAUUCCAUGAACAGCAAACAGUACCAAGUCAACCUGGAGCAUCGUCUGGACUUCCCUCCCGUGUGUUCCUCCCUCACCAUGCCCACCACCCACGAUGGAGGCAUGAUCCAAUCCAGUCAAUCCAUGAACGGAUCAGCCACUCACCUGAUGCACACCUCCAACCAUGGCGAUGGUCUCCUCAUGCCCGCCUCACCUGAUCAUCACAACCACGACAUGGUUGCCUCCCUUCGCCCUCUCACUCGGGCCAUCUCAGUGUCACACGCAUCCCAAUCUUCAGACUUAACCAACACCUCUCCCAUGCGGCGCUACUCUGGGGAUGCCAUGGUCCCCACUCCUGCCCCUUCAUCGCCCACCAAUUCCCUACAUGGCACUCCCUCUCCUCAUUCCAUGGGCGGAAUCUCACCAGUUCAAUCUACCAGCGGGGACGUCCAAGAGUCCGGACGACCCAAAAGAGCCGUGAAGCGAAGCCGCAAGGAGUCCGUGCCCGAUGAGAACAAGGACGACAAGUACUGGAGGCGAAGAGCCAAAAACAAUGAGGCUGCCAAACGAUCCCGCGACCUCAGGCGGGAAAAGGAAUCCCAAAUCAUGCAGAGAGUCACUUACCUCGAAAGGGAGAACCAGGUGCUCAUGAAUGAGCUGAAAUCUGUGAGGAUGGAAAAUGAAGAUAUGCGAAAACGCCUCUCUCAAUACGAACAACUGUAACCACACCCCAUAGUCGUUUGCUAGAGCAAUAUAGCUAAUGGAAAGAGGAAUGUGUUCCACCACUCAGCCAAAACCAACCAACAUUGAAAAAUGAUGACUUCCCCAAUGAUCUACAGUACAACUAGAGUGGGUGUGGUAGGCACAUAAUUGUGUGUAUGUGUUGAUAUGGGAAACUUGAGUGCCCCGGCCCCAGGAACGAACCAGGAAGGCGAAGAGGACCACGCCCCCUGCUCAUGGCUGUGACUCGCUUGCAAGAUUAUUCAGAAACUUGAAGGAGAUUUGAGCUGUUCAAUUGGAUCUUAAGAAGACGAUCCCACAAAAAGAAAGAGAUUGAAAACUAUUUUUGGAGUUCUAGUGCCUUUUCCAGGCAUAAAUCCCAACGGAUUUGUUUUCUGUGGAGAGCACAGGAGUCAAAAAUCUAUAUUUUCAGAAAUUAUAUCUACAAUAUAAAUGCAUAUGGUAAAAAGACUAUCUAUAUAUCUUACUGCAAUGUUGAGCCCUACAAAUCAAUGGAGCAAAUAAAUCGACAGCAUAAUACUUGAACAA